AUCUUCAUUGUGUGGUCUUCGAUCUUGCCUCCUUCUCCGUCGUUCCAUCAUUAUCAUCGGUGGUUGUAGGCUCAUCGUCACCUCGCAGAAAACAUCCAGAUCUAUGCAAUUUGCAACGUUCACUCUUUAUACAUGCCCGGACUUUGAAAUUUGUGGGCCUUUGCUAAACGGUGGAGGCCACACGUCACCAGAAGAGGAGGACAUAUACCGAGCUCAAAAUUCCACGAAACACCUAAUAAUUCCUCUCGAGAUGCAGGUUGAGGAAGCAGAGUGAAGCUGAAACUAGGCAGAAUCAACUUUCACUUUCAGCAUGUUCAAUCACUUUCGCCUUCCGAAAUCUCUCUCAAACCUCAACUUCUCAUCACAAUGCGUACUAUCAUCCGUCGUAUUAAACGGUGAUAUUUUAAUCGCCGUUUUUUGAUCCAUGAAUCAUGGCCAAUCCCGAUUCAGAAACAGAGCAAGCUCCUCUUCUGACGCCCCUUCUUGGUUGGAGUUCAAAUCCGAAUCAAAACGGCAUUGAAGUAGAUGAAGCACAAGAAGGAGAAAAUGAGGAAGAGGACCAACUGGAUCACGCGCUUCGUCGUUUGGAAAUCUUUCUCACUAUACUUGGGUACAAGCAGACUUCGGUGUUGAGCUUCGCUCUUUCUUGGAGUGCGUUCAUGCUGAUUGGGGUGGCGGUUCCACUCUUGGCUCUUCAUUUCAGUGGUUGCUCUGACUGUCAGAUUGAGAAGUAUCAGAUUAGGGAUUUUGAGAUGGACGUUGUGGCCUUUCAGGCGUGCCUCGCCGCCGUCUCCUUGAUUUGCCUCUCCCAUAAUCUGCGCAAGUACGGUUUAAAGAGGUUUCUUUUUGUUGACCGCUACGGUGGGCAAAUGGCCUGCUUUCAUAAAGACUACGUUAAACAAAUUUCGGAGUCUAUGCGCUUGCUCGUUCUGUGGCUACUUCCAUGUUUCCUGCUGAAGAUAGCCCGAGAAAUCAUUCGCCUUAUACACUUACGUCAUGAGUCAUGGUGGCUCUCAGUUGCUACUUUAUUAGCUUUAACAAUAUCUUGGACUUAUGUGAGUACAAUCUCUCUAUCAGCCAGCAUUUUGUUUCACUUGGUCUGCAAUUUGCAAGUUAUCCACUUCGAUGAUUAUGGGAAGCUGUUAGAAAGGGAAUCUGAUGUGUUAAUAUUCAUGGAGGAGCACAUGCGAUUGCGUUAUCAUCUCUUAAAAAUAAGCCACAGGUUCAGAAUAUAUCUUCUUCUGGAAUUCUUGGUUGUCACAACUAGCCAGUUUGUGGCUCUGUUACAGAUCACAGUAUAUGGUGGAAUAAUUUCCUUAACAAAUGGUGGAGAUUUUGCUGUUUCUACACUUCUACAGGUUGUUGGAAUUAUUCUUUGUCUGCAUGCAGCUACAAGAAUCUCUCAUAGAGCUCAAAACAUAGUUUCACUUGCUAGCCGGUGGCAUGCAUUGGCAACGUGCACCUCUUCUGAUGUAUCUCAAAUGAGAAAUUCUAUCAGCUUAGGGAGCUUGGAGGCUGCAAACCGUUUGAAUUCAAUAUAUUUGGAUUACUCAGAAAGUGAUCUAGAGUCACUGGAUUGCAUUGAUAUGCCUAUUAGUACCCGACUGGCUUCCUAUAUGUCAUCACAGCACAAGAGGCAAGCCUUUGUGAUGUAUUUGCAAUCUAAUCCUGGAGGAAUCACUAUUUUCGGGUGGACGGUUGACCGAUCUUUUGUCAACACAAUAUUUUUCAUUGAACUGAGUCUAGUAACCUUUGUGCUUGGUCAGACCAUAGUUUAAGGUGGCCACAAACAAUAAGAAACCUUCCCUGCAUGGAUUUUGUGAUUUUGGUUAAAAGCUUCCAGGCAUAUCGAUAUCUCAUUAACAGGCAAGAUAUGGAAGUGAUGUAAGCUGUACCUCUGUUACAUUAUACAGCAGCCAAACCAAGGCAGACUUGCGACGGAAACGCUGGUAAAUUCUUCUGCGCAUCUGUUCAAAGUAUUGAGUUGAAAUAUGGAUAUAACGUUAUUUCAAAUUGACAUGAAGUCAAUAUACGUUGGCAGCUUUAACUAUGCUGCUAAAUAUGUCAUGUAAUGAUUGUAUUUGUACCAAUACAAUCUAUAAAUUAUCUUAUAAAUCGACAGACAACUCGUUUUUUGUU